UUAAAGGCUAUGUGCCUUGUUGUUCAGCAGCUCCAAGAGCUGUCUGGUUUUGGAUGGGAUGAUACCAGAAAGAAAGUAACUGCUGAAGAAGAUGUGUGGGAUAACUAUAUUGCAAAGCAAAGCCAUGGCGUAAAAACCCUUUUCCGCUCUACAACAAUAUAAUCGGACUCAUUGAUGGACG